AUAGCACAAUGUCAAUACAGUAUAUAAUGGGGCAACAAUUUUUAUGGAUCGACAGAAAAGAACUGUUUUUACUCUCUUGUUUGCCCAAUUUCCACAAAGAAGUAAAGAGUUGGAGAAGUUUCAUUGAGGUCACCCAAUAGGCAAAUUUUAUGGACACAGGAGGUAACGGAGAGGGGCUGAACUGCUCCAAUGCCAGGCCGGUAAAGCUGGUGGUCGUAGGAGACGGUGCCGUCGGAAAGACCUGUAUGCUUUGGUCCUACACAAGAAAUGCAUUCCCUAAAGAAUACGUACCCACCGUGUUCGAUAACUUUUCACAGCUAAUGAAAGUCGGCGAUCAGAACGUGAAUCUAGGAUUGUGGGAUACGGCGGGGCAAGAAGACUACGACAGACUUAGACCACUCUCAUAUCCUCAGACAGAUAUAUUCUUAGUAUGUUACAAUGUAGUCGGUGUUGCAUCACAAGCAAACGUAGCAACUAAAUGGAUACCUGAAUUACAGCAUCACGCACCCGGUAUACCUUUCAUUUUAGUCGGUACCAAAACUGAUUUGAGAGACGAUCCUAACCAUGUCAUCGCCCCAGCAGACAAGGGCAAGCUACCUUUCAGGAAAGAACACGGUGUGAGGGAAGCAAAGAAAUUAGGAGCUGUAGCCUACAUGGAAUGCUCAGCAUUAACACAGAAAGGCCUUAAAGAUGUCUUUGAAAAGGCUGUUAUGACAGUGCUGAACCCUCCUAAGCCAAGGACGGGCAAGAAACCGUUGUGUCGUAUUAUUUGAGUCCAGUUACGUGCCCUCUAGUGGCAUUCUUAUGUACAGUCCAUAUCUUUUCCUUCGUUCCAUCAUCUAUGACAGCUGUGGUCCACUUCCGUUUUACGUCUUCUGUAUCUAAUCUCUCUGCUGCAAGCCGACGGUGCGUACACGGAGCAAGAAAAGAAAGGAAACUUUGGAGAAUUGUGUGGUGGACUUGUAUGCAGAAGAAAGAAGGGCUUUGUAUGGACUUUGUAAAAAUAUCUUAUCUUCCAUUAAAAUGGGAGAUGGAUACUUUUGAAGGCCUCUUCUUUCUUCUUCAUGUUGAGAAUAAUUAGCUGUAUUUAUAGCAUCUUGGGUGUGUUGACUAAUAUGCUCCAUCUCUAUGGCAAGGAGAUGGCGGCCAAUCCUGCACCAUGACCUUUAAAAACUAAUAAAGGGGAGCAUGAGCUUCCUUGUGGAACACCAGAUAUUGCACAAUGUGUUAUUAAUCUUAAUUUUAUUCUGGGGAAAUACCAUGGGAGUCGAGAUUAAUUGAAAUGUCUUUGUUGGAGUUUCUCUGAUUGAUCUUCUGUUUAUAGAGGACAGUCCAUUAGAACAAAUGCUUUUGAGAUGAUGCAGAUUAAUACCAGAUGUAUUGACGCUUAAACUUGUUUAUACAUAUAGCAUCUGUUAUGUAUUCCAAUGAGUAGCAGUAGUGUUAAACUGACAAUGGUCCAAACAUCAUCAAGUCGGAGUUCUAUUUCCUACAGGGCCCAGUCACGAAAAGGUUGUGAUUGAUUGCAAAUUCCAUCCAAUAAUUCUGAUUGGUUGAUAGUGGCAAUCAUGAAGUCUAGAUUGACCUUUGUCAUUUUUGCGAUUGGCGGCAAAAAUUUGUGUAACAUGGCCAUUUAUUAUGGCACAGAGUCACUGAUAUCAGGAUGAUGAUUGUGGGAAUGGUUGGUUUGCUGGUGUAUGGACCACAAUGUACUCAAACUUCAAAUUCUCACCUAAAGGCCUGGUCACACCGCAAAAACUUUGCUGGAGCGGUGAAAAAAAAUUCAUCACCGCUCGUCACCGUUCACCACCGUUUAACAGAAGCUGGCCCCCGUUAACCCUAAAAUGGCCGGGGGGGGGGGGGUUGAAUCAACCCCCCCCUCAACAUUUUCUGCGAUCAUUCUGCCGCGCGAAUUUGUUUUACCGCGGCACUCGCAGAGUUUAUACUUUUGAGUCUCGCGCAUCUUUUGAGACCAAAUUUACGACGCCCGGGUACGCGGUUCCGAAAUUACGCAACAUUUUGUAAGUGCAUGUGAGACCAAAAAUUGUUCCAAUACGUGAUUUUGUGUACAAAGUCAAUGCAAAUUGAGUUUUCUCAUCUUAUUCAUAAAGAUAUGAUUAUUUUUACUUUAAACAGCUGAAAGCAAUUGAUUUUAGCAUAAUUAUGCUUCAAAAAGGUUGUGCAAUAAAUCUGGUGAAAAAAACAAAGAAAAACAAAAGGUUGAAAAACAAAGAAAUACAUAAGAAAUUCAUAAAACAAUAAAAUACAUAAGAAAUUGAUUUCCAAACCGAAGUUUUUUUCAAUUGCCAUUGUUAAGAAUGCUACAAAGAAUAUUUUUACCAAAAAUUAGCAUUCUAGGAGCUUUGUUUAGUGAAUUAGAGCAAAAAGUAUGAUUUAUGCAUAAAUUAGCAUAAUUAAUUUAUAUAAAAUAAAAAUCUCAUUAUUUGGGAAAACUUUACCAUACAGCCUUGUAGAUUACAUCGCACACUACCAGCGUGCAAAUUUUUGCGGCGCUCGCGCGAUCGGCGGCCGAGAUCUCAGGGGGGGGGUUGAAUCACCCCCCCCCCCCCCCCCCCCCCGCCACAGAACAGCCAAAAAAGCCCGG